CCGACCCUCGGGAUCCACCCACCGUCAUCAGACUCCUCUUUGUAUCACUUGGCCCCCUCACCACGAAAGCUUCCAAUCCACUCCAGACCGACAGAGUGAAGGGACCUCUGCUUCUAUUCAUCUCUUGCUUGCACACUUCGUGCAUCCUCCAAGGUUACUCUCGAAGGGCUGAGAUUUUCUUGAAGCCAACCUGCCCUAAGGCACCACACAUAUAAGAAAAUCUACACAACCACAUGCUUUUCUUUAACAUAAACCUUUUACAUUUUACUUUUUGUAUGUAUCUACAAACCUUCGUUCGUGUAGCUUGGUGGUGAGAUUAUACACUCUCUGUUCGGCUAGUCGGCAUAUUGCAUUCCAAUUCCAGGCAGCACGUUAUAAACCAGACCAAAAGCGAGGCGAAUUGCACCCACAAACACAACUUGCCGUAAUGCAAGCAAAGCAAACUACUUACACUGCCUCGUUAGUAUUACCCGACUGCUACCACUGUUCACACGCACCUCUGUGACUCUCUCGCAGGCCCCGUGUUAAAAACGAGUCUCUCUUUAAACGAGUGAUUUUUGUAUUGUAAAAGUCUUGGUUGGGUUGAUUGAGAAUUGAAGAAAAAAGGCCGUGGUGAAAGGAACAGCAACGUGGUGGCCUGAAAAUUGUUGGACCUUUGACCUGUUGGAUGGCAAAUAUUGAACUUAAAAUUUAUACUGAUAAGGACACAAGAUAUUCUAAUUUGACUGGACUAAAGGAUUAGUUAACACUGCGUCUUAAUGACGGAUAUUAACUGAGUGUUGUCGUCACUUGUUGGAGAUAAUCAGAGUGGGUGGUUUUCUUGUUUUUGAAGAGAAAACUUGCUGAUGGUAAAAAAUUCCAAAAGUGUUUAACACGACAAUAACAGAAUAUAUAAUAAUAAUUAGCGUAUGUACUUACGUACAUCCUGUUGCAAUUAAUUGCGUGUUUAAUUGAUGGAUGAUUAAGUGUGAAAAAAAUAAGAAAAAAUUGUUAUUAUGCACUUUACGAGAAGUGGUUGUUAGAGAAGAAGAAGAAGAGUGGGGAAAUUGACACUUUUUCCGAGGUCAACUAUACGUAAGUCGAGCUGGAUUCGUGUUCUUGACCUCGCAUGAAUUUUUCUUGUUGUUUUUUCUGCGUCUGUUACUUUACUUGGUUAUUACGAAUGCAGACGUGAAUAAUUUUAUGAAAUUUUAAAAAUAUUUUGGUUCCUUCAGUUAAAAGUUUGACAUAUGUAAAUAAAUGAUUACUUUUGUUCAGUUUGGUUGAUUUGAUUACAAGUUUUUUUUGUGUAUGGUGCAACCCGUGGUUUGGUUUUGUGAUGAUUUACGUUUAAGUUGUGCGUAAAGUUACUAAUUUAUAAAAUUAUUGUGUAAUUUGCAUAUAUUGAAGAAAUAAAAAAAAUUUCUGGAUGACAAAAAUGGCGUGCAGAGAGAAAAAGAAGACCCGCACCCGGUCUCCUCCGGGUGGUUUAAUACCAAUUAUUGUUAUCAAGUAGGACAAACUACUACUACUUAUCAGGGUGGAUCUUAUCAAAGAUUGAUGAGCACAUUUUAUCAAAAGUACUGUUUUUAAACAAAAGUGACACUACCACUACGAUUCGCGAAAUCAAAUACUGCAAAACUAAGAAAUCUCUGAAACGAGUUGAAAUUUUAAUCAAAGCAAAACGGAAGAAGAAUUUUACCCCUGUGUCUCCCGGGUAUCGUCCCACCCAGUUUUUAAAAUAGGUACAGAAGACGGACUAGUUCAUCUCCGAAAGACUUCCAAGAAGGGGUUGCAUACCAUCUGCUCAUCUCAAAAGUUUCCACCGACAAAACUUGAGAAGAUGCCCCACGUAGCUGGAAGUAGUUCGGGGAGCGGCGGAGGAAAUAGUGGUGGUGGUGGAAAUUCGGUCGUCGUAGCUGGUGGGAGUGGUUCCUCCUCCUCCAGCUCAGGCCGAAUCAGAGAUGACCCCAAUGACUGCGAUGAGGUGAAAGUGUUCAAAUGCGAGGAGGACGAAGGGGAAGGAUCCUCCGAUGAUGUAAUGAACGACGAUAAGCGGGACUUGAUCCGGGCAACGGAGUAUGACCAGAAGGGGGGACGACUAAGUCCGUUAAGUCCAUUGUCACCCGGAAGCUACUCGAGCGGUGGGGGACAUUCGUCCUUUAAUCCGAAGAAUGGUGGACAAUCCAGCUCGCUAAGACCGGACCCGUCAUCUCUGUUUGGUGGAUCUGGUGGAAAAUUGGAAGUUGGAGGAAUGCCGUAUCCUACCCCGAUCAACAUUGGUCUUUUAGGCUACCAUUAUCCGAACGGAUCACCACUGACAGGGAUCAGUCGAUUGCUUGGCUUCCAGUGCAAUGGGAUGGACGGUCUUACACCACCUCCACCUCCGGCCCAUAUGGGCUUCCCCGCAGGCUUGUCAAGGCAGUACCCCUUUGGAAUGGGGUACCCUUACGCCGGUCUUGGUCCUGAAGUAUCUCAAGUGUCCCCUUGGCCUCAAGGGAUAUACCCAUCGAUCUCGAACGCUGGAAGUGCUGGAGGUUCGCCAGGAUUUCGUUAUUCUUCAUCCCUUUCAUCGUCCUUACCUAGUGAUUUCUACAGACAAUAUCCCCCAAUGUUACCAGGAUCAGGAUUGGGUGGUCACCCAGGACUUAGUCACUUAGUCGGACAACAAAAACAUGAUGCUCACCCUCACCUUGAUAAUCAUAGUUUGGUGACUCCAUCUCGAAUAUGUAUUUCUCAAGAAGAUGAAGAAUUUCUUCUCGCUCAACAAAAUCGUCUCCUCGAGCUUCUGACAUUGUUUUCGAAACAGCUGGGACGAAUGCAGAACACUCGGGCAGAAAUGGGACUGCCGCUUCUAAAGUACCAAGUCAUUGGUCCUGCUGUGGACACCCUUUUUGAUUUAAUAAUGUCAUCAGCAACAAAUAACAAGAAACAUGACAAUGAAUACGGCAAACUCGUCGAACUGCCGAUUGACCUUAGUCGAAGAUCGUCCUGUCCAAUGACCAGCAUCGAGCUUGCGACGGCAGCCACACUUUUGGAGCUUAGAGCCAGUACGGCAAGAAUAAUUUCGCCGAACCCUAGUAUGAAGUCGCAUCGUGGAUUCCAAAUUCAUGAAGGACGAAAGGACGAGACGGCAGCAAGACAGAAUCGUAGUAGUCAUGAUGGGAGCGUAACUCAAGAACAAGAUUCGGGACAUUUUGACAAUUCGUUUGACGAUGACAUUUCUGAAUGUACUCCAAAUCCGCUAGACGUACUCGACAUUCAAAUGAGUCAAACGUCGUUGAAGUCUACUACUUCUAAUCAUACAGAUUUUGGAAGCAGCAUCAAUAAGGCGAAGAAGAAACGAUCAAAGUGUUCCUCUAAUCAAAAUAUUAAAGGAAAAUCCACCAGUUUGCGCUCCAACGAGCUGAUCAACCAUCGUACUAUUAUCGACUCACAUAUCUGCAUCUGUAAAUAUUGUGGGCGUGAUUCGAGGACUAUCAUCAAGAAAAAUCAGGAUAUCAGAAAUAAGAAAAGUAUUUUGAAUCGGAAGCAGAUUGUCAAGAGACUUAAAACACGACAAACUACUGCUCUACUUGACAAGCGUAAAAAACCAAGAAAAAGUCUACAACUGGAAAUAUCGUCACUUGCGACGGGUAUUGUGACCACUAGCUCAUUGGAUCAUGCAUGCCCUUCUUAUUCGGCUAAGAAAGACGUAUUAUUGGCAUCGACCGCACCUACGUCCCCACCAGCAGUAAAAGUAGAAAAGAAUCUAUGUGAAAUUGACCAAGAAUCUUCAAUGGAUAUCAAGGAUGUCAAGGAUGUUUUCGAUGAGAAUGCUUUUCGCAUCUUCGAAUCGGAUGCGAGCCGAUCUUCAUGGUCUAGUUUAUCCGAUCAGAAGUCGUCUGAUAAUCAUCAUAGUUCCAAAAAUGCGUCAGAUUCAGGACAAUCGUCAAAUAGUCAGAAUGAAAAGAAGAAACCGCACAUUAAGAAACCUCUCAACGCAUUUAUGCUAUAUAUGAAAGAAAUGAGGGCGAAAGUCGUGGCCGAAUGUACGCUUAAGGAGAGCGCCGCCAUCAACCAGAUUUUAGGGCGAAGGUGGCACUCAUUAAAUCGCGAGGAGCAGUCCAAAUAUUAUGAAAUGGCUCGUCAGGAACGGCAAACACACAUGCAAUUAUAUCCUGGCUGGAGCGCUAGAGAUAAUUAUGGCUACGGUGCUAAAAAGAAGAAGAGAAAGAAAGAGAAAACUUCCGAUGGAGGAAACAGUAUGAAGAAGUGCAGGGCAAGGUAUGGGCUGGAUCAGCAGAGUCAGUGGUGCAAACCGUGCAGGAGGAAGAAGAAGUGUAUUCGGUAUUUGGAGGAGGCCAACAAUGGAACUGGUGGUAGCGGUGGUGCAAAUAGCGUCAACAGUGCGGAUGACAACUUGGGAAGUGCUGGUAGUGCUGGAGAACCUUUGUCUCCAGAGUCCAAAGCGGGUGACUCUGACAUGGACACGUCGUCAAAUAUGGAUAUGUCUAGUCCCAGCUUCAGUUUGACCUCACCUGGAAUGUCGAUGGCAUCUCCCGGCAUGUCACUGCCCUCACCAGCCCUGACAAGUCCAUCAGGAGUGAUGCCUUCUCCAAUUGCAAGCCUAGCAAGUCCCGCUGUUUCAUUGCCUAGUCUCCAAUCGCCUAUGACACCUUCAAUGUCUGAAGAUCGUCACCCAAUCUCCUCCGUUUCCAGUGCGGCCAGUUCCGUCAAUUUUACUACGACAGCGUCCAACGGUACUAGUUCGUCCCAUCAUCAGCAGCAUGCCACCUCAUCUUCAAGUCAUCAUCACAACAGUAGCCGAAAUCUUAACAAUAAUAUUAAUAAUAUUGCUAAUAAUAAUCAUCACAACCACCCCUCCAACUCCUCCUCCUCAUCAUCUGGUUUUGGGAAGCAGCAACACCAUUCUAACCAUUUCCAUCCAGGCUCCUCUCCCAACUUUGGCUUUGGGCUGGGUCACUUGUUCAACGGUUCGUCUGUUCCAAACGGUGGAAUGGGCUACCCAUUCCCAUUUCCGAUAGGAUUAAACCUACCAAAUUUUCAAAAGCCGGCAAGAAAUCCAGUCGGGACGAAUCCUCAUGACAUUAACAAUCCGUUAAGUGUUAAUCAGCUAACCGGACAAUGCAACUCGUCCUCAUCGUCUGCCUCUUCCCUGAGCAGUAUCACCAGCAAUGAGAGAAGUUCAAGCGUCUCGAGUCAAAAGUCAUCCCAUUCUUCGUCCCAUAAUAAUCAUAAUCAUCAUCGCUCAGAUCGGGCGAGGAGUCGGGAUCGAAUAAACGUUACAAAUUCAGACAACAAAUCGUCACCUGAGAAUAAAACAAAUCCCGUCCCUGCUCCCGUAAUUGGCGUUUCUUCUUGACCGUAGUAAAAUAAAAUUCCCACUUGACGAUGAUACCUUCUAUCUAAAUAUAUAUAUAUAUAAACCUUGACGAAGAAGAUGAUUAAAUAUUUUCUCAAAAUAUUUUCAACUCAAUUACACUUGCUACAAAGAAAAUCUGGAAAAAUUUAUACGAUACAAAUUAGUCGUAAAAAUAUGUAGGCAAGGCUAUUCUACAUUAUUAUUAUUAGAUAUGAAGCCGUAUCAGAUUCAUUUAUUGUCAUUAUUAUCUAUAAGUUAGGUCAUUGUGAUCUCAAACAACAAGUUCAAAUUACUUGUGUAGUGGCGACACUCAUGAAAAUAUUUAAAUAUUUAGUUUCCAUAAUUGGGCAAGAAAAAAGGUCUCAUUAUUAAAACGUUGUUUUGUUUAGUGACGAAAAAUGAUAUACCAAUUAUUAAUUUUGUGAUUUUAUUUUUAUUUACAAAUUGUUUUCUACGCCAGUUAUUAUUAUAUUUAUUUGGCAGAAUAACUUCCGAGUUUUGACUAAACCUAUUUAUUGCACACGCUAUUUUAUAACUGUGCGUUCUUGUAAUGAGCGAGACGUUAUUUUUAAAAGAUGCAUAGUGUGCGACUAGUUUGGUUCAAUCAGAACUACGGAAUACUAUACAUGUUCUGCAAAAUUAGUGCCAUUUAAUGACUUGACAAUUUAAUUUUUGUUACUUUGUGACAAUCAAAAACUUAGUUUUUAUUUUAUAAUUUAUGUGAGACUGUUGGUGAUUUUUUUUCACAUUUGUACUACUACUUUAGUUUAGUUGGGUAUUGAUGCAAUUUGUCGGGUAUCUUAUAUAUAUUUAAUUAUUGAACGAAAGACUUUGAUUUAUUUAUUAUUUUAUUGUAUGCAUACUUAUUAAUUAUUAUAUAACCACCGCUCCGCCGCCGCCGCUUCUGCGGCUACCGAAAUAUUUUGCUGGUGGUUAAUAAGAAAUAUUUACAAUCAUUUACAUUAUCCCACUAAAUACAGUCGAGUCAGUCACGUAUUGUUAUUUAAAAACCUGUUUGAUACCUAAGUAGAAUAUUUACAUUUAUAUUUAGUUGAUAAUUUAGAUAUUUACAUAGGGAUGACAUGAUUUGUAGCAAUAUUUGCGUAUUAACGGAAGGAGAAUCAAAUUAAUAGCGAAUCAAAAAUUCAAAGAAAAUAACAAAUUUUAAUGGUCCAUCAUUAUCUCUCUCUCACUCUCUCACUAUAACUCCUCUACUUAUAAAUGCCCAGACCGAUAAGAGUAUUAUUAAAAUUCUAUUUGUAUUCCGGAGUAAUUUAUAUAAAUUCUAAGAAAAAAGCGAGAAGCCAAAUGCGUUUUAAGCUGUAAAUUUUAGUUGAGUACGUUUAAAGACGAUGAUGUUACAGAGUUGUCGCCCGUGUCAAAGAAAAAAUUGUAUGUAAAAUUAAUAAUACCUUAAAAAUUCAUGAUGUAGUUUCUUCAUGAAUGGUUCGUUAAUUGUUGUUGUUCUUGUUAAGCUAAGUGUAGAUGAUGAUAUGAUUCAGAUGAGCUAAUAGGCAAAUAAAAUGUGUAAUUAUUUAUAAUAGUAACGCGUAUUAUACCCAACAUAUUGCAUACUUUUAUUUAUUUACUUGAGUAUGAAAAGAUGAAAUGGUUGUCAAAAAUUGAAUGAUGCCCACACAUUUAUGCUAUAAGAAAGAAUAAAUGGCAAACUUACUCAUUUUGAAAAAAA